UAUGGCAUCGUUGUGUCCGAUUAGCAGACGACAUUUAUUGUUAUGGCUUCGUCAUUUCGCCGCCGCAUGAGGUACAGAGAGGUUCAUUGUUCUCGUCCCCCCACCCUCCAAUCGCUGCCAUAGGAUUUACUACGUUUAUUGAUGGAAAUGGCAUCUAGAUUGGUGAUGUGCAUCUUUGCCAUAUUUUUGGCUGCUGUUUACUUUCAGUACCAAUUGGACAACCCCUGGCAUUUGUCAACUGAACUCAAAACUACUUUAAAUGAUUUGGAAACAAAUUUGGCGUCAACGAAAACGGAACUGAGAAACUCCAUUGCGUAUUUGACAUUCAAAUUAAAUGCCCGAACGAGUGAAAUAGUCGACAUCGGUCAAAUGCCAACCUCAUGUGCAGAUCUGCAGCGUAUGGGACACAAACUGAACGGAUUCUUUUUGGUUAAAGGAUUGACAAAAUUAGAAACGCUUUACUGUGACUUUUAUCCUAAUCAAAAUGACAUUCAGAAAUGGAUCGGAUACGCCGACGUCAAAUCGACGCCCGUCCAUUUCCACGCCCAAAGAAAUUCGUCAUUUUCCACAGAAGACACUCCGAUCCCGUUCGAUUUGGCGCGGGUGAACGAGGGAAAUGCCAUGGAUUUGACAUCGGGGAAAUUCACGGCACCGCGACCGGGAAUUUAUUCCUUCUCUUUCGCGGGAAUUGCUGUACUUGUUGCUCAGAAAUAUGUGUCGUUUUCUUGUUCUCUUUAUUUGAACAAUCAUAGAAUCUUGAGGAGUUAUGUUAACGAAGAACGCGGCCCAAUUUUUCGAUUUAAUUUGUUGACCUUCCAGUCGACGCUCAAUUUGAGAAAAGGCGAUCAAGUCUGGGUGCAGAUUAAUUAUUCUUCUGAUGCAGCCGUUAAACCCGUUCAUUCCCCUUUGUAUUUGUAUGACGACAGAGACCACCACAUGACCCAUUUCAUUGGGUUCCUGUUGGAGGAGGAAAUUGUGGCGUCCCUUUGAACAUCCAAAAUCAUUGGCGACACGAAACAUUUUCAACACGAACAUUUGUUUUUAAUGUCGACACGAAAUUUUGGGGAAGGGAUUGUAAGAGGGAAAAGAUGACAAUUCGUUUGAUUCAGAUUCAAUAACUAGGGGUAACAAUUGCUUUGCUAAAAUUUGUCAAUGUAUGCAUCUAAACUUAUUCAAUACACUAACCAAGCUUGAA